GGCUUUUUAAAACAGCGCCACUGGGGUCUUCUCCAUGCGGCUCGGGCUAUGACAGCCUCCGUGCUCCUCCACCCCCGCUGGAUCGAGCCCACCGUCAUGUUUCUCUACGACAACGGCGGUGGCUUGGUGGCCGACGAACUCAACAAGAACAUGGAAGGGGCGGCGGCGGCGGCGGCGGCGGCGGCAGCGGCGGCGGCGGCCGGGGCCGGGGGCGGGGGCUUCCCCCACCCGGCCGCCGCGGCCGCGGGGGGCAACUUCUCGGUGGCGGCGGCGGCCGCAGCGGCCGCCGCGGCCGCAGCCAACCAGUGCCGCAACCUGAUGGCGCAUCCGGCGCCCCUGGCGCCCGGCGCCGCCGCUGCCUACAACAGCGCGCCCGGGGAGGCGCCCCCGUCGGCCGCCGCUGCCGCCGCCGCCGCCGCCGCCGCCGCGGCCGCGGCCGCGGCUGCGUCGUCCUCUGGAGGGCCCGGCCCGGCGGGCCCGGCGGGCGCCGAGGCCGCCAAGCAGUGCAGUCCCUGCUCGGCGGCGGCGCAGAGCUCGUCGGGGCCCGCGGCGCUGCCCUACGGCUAUUUCGGCAGCGGCUACUACCCGUGUGCCCGCAUGGGCCCGCACCCCAACGCCAUCAAGUCGUGCGCGCAGCCAGCCUCGGCCGCCGCGGCUGCCGCCGCCUUCGCGGACAAGUACAUGGAUACGGCCGGCCCGGCGGCCGAGGAGUUCAGCUCCCGCGCCAAGGAGUUCGCCUUCUACCACCAGGGCUACGCUCCCGGGCCUUACCACCACCAUCAGCCCGUGCCUGGCUACCUGGAUAUGCCGGUGGUGCCCGGCCUCGGGGGCCCCGGCGAGUCGCGCCACGAGCCCCUGGGUCUCCCCAUGGAAAGCUACCAGCCCUGGGCGCUGCCCAACGGCUGGAACGGCCAAAUGUACUGCCCCAAAGAGCAGGCGCAGCCUCCCCACCUCUGGAAGUCCACUCUGCCCGACGUGGUUUCUCAUCCCUCAGACGCCAGCUCCUACAGGCGAGGGAGAAAGAAGCGGGUCCCUUACACCAAGGUGCAAUUAAAAGAACUCGAACGGGAAUAUGCUACAAACAAAUUCAUUACCAAGGACAAACGGAGGAGGAUAUCAGCCACGACAAAUCUCUCCGAGCGGCAGGUUACAAUCUGGUUCCAGAACAGGAGGGUCAAAGAGAAAAAAGUCAUCAACAAACUGAAGACCACUAGUUAAUGGAUUAAAAGUGGAGCGAGAGAGCAACUUGAAGAAAUGCUUCAGAACUCGUUGCUUUGCCCAGAUAUAAUGAACAUAAUGCUUAAUAAUAAUAAAUGAAGAAUGGGAAAGAGAAAGAGAAAGACACUGGCAUUUUGCUUUCCUAAGGGAGAUCUCUUUCUCCUUGGUGGAAUCUACAACUCUUUUAAAACUUUAAGAAAAAGGUAAAGACUUCCAGUUCUCCUGCCAACCCCACCAGACCGUUAAAUGACAAACUCUAGAGUUGAACGUCAACCCCCAAAUAUGCAAUUUCAGAUAAGUUACGCAUUUACUGAAAUCUUGUAAGUAUUUAUGUGAUCAUAAUAUUUCAGGAUACUGUGUUAUAUGGUAAUAAUCCAAAACUUUGGUUACAAAAGUAAGAGGCUGUUGUAAACAUCUGCUUGUCUUUGGGUCGCCAUUGACAUCUCCUUUGCAUGUUAAGUGACUGCUCAGGUAAAUCUCAGUGAAAUGCCUACCAUUGUUGUAUAUUCUGCAAAACAUGUAUAGAUUGAGAAGGGGAGAGAGGAGAAGGUACUGAAAUAAUGAUCUUGGGCUAUUUACAAUGAAGGAAGAAAGGGAGAGAAAGCUUUUCUGAGGAUCAUUUGUCUUGGUAGUAAAUACAACCAGCUGAGCCUUUGAGGCUACAAGGGAACCCCAGGUUGGGAACGUCUUUCUGACAAUAAUUUUAAAUUACUCAUAACAAGCAUAUUUUGUGGCAUUUGGAUUAUAUGUUCUGCCUGAUACCAUUUACUUUCCAAAGGAUUUGAUAACUUUUCAAAAAAAAUAUUUCAAGCAUCAGAUGUUUCAUAGAAUUCACUUUAUCAGCUAUCCUGAGAAGUCCAUCGGGACAUGGUGGACUUUGGAUUGAACAGGGUUCAUGUUUCAUUUAAACUGGUAUUUCCCCCAGAAUUUACUAAACAUUUGCUGGAGAAUAAUUUUGCUUUUUAAUUUUUUUAGAAAACUCAGAAUGGAAAUCCAUUCCCCUGAAACAUUUAGAUGUUUACAAUUCUAUACUUUGAUCUAGUAAGGGAUUAGUAUUUUUUCCUUGUUUAUUGUGUUAUAAGACUGCAUUAGGAAGUUUAAGGAUUCAUUUUUACAGCACAUUUUUAAUCAAGCAGUUAUUUCGACCAGCACAUUCAUUUUGUUCACAUUCACUAUAAAAUGCUAUCUUGUAAAUAAAGACAUUCAGCACACUGUGAAAA